GAGGAGCGGCCGGCCAAUGGAGCGAGCGGCCAGGUGGGCCGGCGCACCUUUAACGACCCCCGGGCGCCUCCCCGGUACGCCUCCGUUCUCUCGCAAGGGCCGGUCUUCUCUUCCCCUCUCCCCGCGACGCCACCAACACCGGCCCGGCAGAGUUCCUUACCGUUGCCACCUGUCUUUGGCAGUCGAGACACGCGAACUUUCACUCGAGCCAGACUGCACGCCGUCGGAGACCGGCAUGAGACGACACCAUCGGGCCGAGGGAUUACGAGCGGCGUCCUCUUCGGUGCAGCAGCUUCGGCCGCUCUUCUCGUGAUGCCUCCGCCACUGCUCUGCUUCCGCUGCUGCUGCUGCUACUUUUGCGACAGCAUCUCACUGUUUUCGUGAAGUGGGGGACCCCGUCUCGCGCUGCCGCCGUUCUUUUAUUUUUUUGUGUGCCAACGCCUCGUCGUCGUCUUCAUCCGUUCCAACGGGGAGGCGCAAGAGUGGCAGCGCGCGCAGUGUGUGGCUUUCCUCGGAGAACGAUGGAGACGUUCGUGCUCAUCCCGAAGGAGCUCAGUCUGGUGAUCAGUGACCGCGCUACGUCGACGACGACCGACUCUACGACGACGACGACGUCCGGCGAUCGGCCGCCGACCAAGGAAGUGACCGCGGCCGUUUGGAGCAACAGUCGGAUCUCCCGCGGCACGAGGUUCCUGCCCUUUCAAGGAACUGUCCGCCUGGACAAGCUCGAGGUGUUCGGCACGCUCGACCAGAAGGACAUCCGGCAUCGCUUCGGCUGCUACGACGAGGUUCACCUGGAAAAGUCACGGCAGGUUCGCCACUGCAACUGGGUGCGUUUCGUGCGCCACUCGCCGCAGUUCAGCGCCGAGGUGAACCUGCUCGGUUCGCUGGUGAAGGGCGAGCCCGUGUACGAAACUAUCCGCACGGUGGCUUCCAACACGGAGCUAGUGGUCUUCUACGAGGACCCGGACGAAGACGUCGAGCGGACACCCCUGACGCUGGUUGUGGCCAGGGACCUCUCGUUGGCCCAGUACCGCAGCGCCAUGGGCAUGAUCCUCGAAGACACACCUCUCGACCUGUCUCAGUCCUUACUAGCGCCACCAGUGUCACCCUCAUCGCCCGUCACACCUCAACUACCUCGAGUUCUCAUGACACCGCCUUCAGAACCUGAAGAAAGGCGGUCGGUGUCCAGCGAAGGAACCACAACGGAAGAGACGGUGCCGAUGGAAACACCGAGGCAUUUGAUGGUGAAGAAAGGUCGCGAGCGGACCCUGCUUCCCUGCGAAGUCUGUGGGAAGGCCUUCGAUCGACCAUCGCUCUUACGCAGGCACAUGAGGACGCACACAGGGGAAAAGCCGCAUGUGUGCGACGUCUGCGGCAAGGGUUUCAGCACGUCCAGCUCUCUCAACACUCACCGGCGCAUUCACUCUGGAGAGAAGCCACAUCAGUGUCACGUGUGCGGAAAGAGGUUUACGGCGUCCUCCAAUCUCUACUAUCACCGCAUGACGCAUUCCAAGGAGAAGCCCCACAAGUGCACGCUAUGCUCCAAGUCUUUCCCGACGCCAGGAGACCUCAAGAGCCACAUGUACGUUCACAGCGGUUCGUGGCCGUUCAAGUGCCACAUCUGCAACCGGGGCUUCAGCAAGCAAACAAACCUCAAGAACCAUCUGUUCCUACACACCGGUGAUAAGCCUCACAUAUGCGAGUACUGCCAAAAGAGGUUCGCCUUGGCCUGCAAUCUGCGAGCUCACCUGAAAACCCACGAAGGUGAACAUCAGGAGAAGUGCUCGGGCUGUGGCAAGUCCUACUCCAUCAGCGCAAACGGCGGCGCUGGCCGGUUGCUGGGUCGCGGGUACUGCCCGGCGUGCCUGGGCACCCUGGCCGGUAACGGGCUGUCGUCUUCGCCCAAGACGGGCCACUACGAGGCGGAGCCUCCGAAGUCCCCUACGCUUGACUCCAACGAGGACAGCAAGGGCAGCUCGCGCUCGAACCUCGACCUGGGCGGCGCUGCGUCACCCACCACGCCACCUCCACCCCCGCGGCUCCUGUUCGGUGUGCUCGACCAGAUGAUGAUGCGCUACCGGCAGUCAGCUCAGGCCUUCCUGCCACCUUCCUUAUCGACCAUGAAGUUCUUGGAAGGCGCCUCCAUGCUCACACCCUGACGACACGCCCACGGACUUGGCUGGUAUUGCUGACUCGACGUGUAACGGACUCAACUUGUGCGCGCGCGUAGCCUGGAGUCAGCACCUCUGGAAUGGUCCUCGAUGUGAAAGAGAGAAUGAAGAAGAGAAGAUGGCGUGAUCUCAGACUUCUUGUGCGUGCUUUGCAGUGGCUGGCGCUGUCGGGACCGGAGUGCCCUACGAACUGGGACAGUUUUGCUGCUGAGUUCUGUACCGCCCUUAUUCCUUAGAGUGGCAUCAGCUGUACGCUCGCUUCUUCUGGUACGCACUUGAACAGUGCGUUAAAAUCUACACGGGAGGCCACGAGCUCACGCGACAUAAUUUUCUUGGCCAGUCUUUUCAGCGCAUUGAAUGUUCUUGUUUGUUUUUUUUACUUUGGCGUUCACGUAUAUAACAAAAAUGAUUUGUGGUUAGUGACGUAAACUAACGUCUGAUGGAACAAGCAAAAUAGAACUUAUGUACAUAGCCGCGCUAAUACCCUAGCAAGAACUAAAGUUUCAAAGAAGCUGUGAGGUCACGACGUUAUCUUAAAGAUAGGUUCCACCGCACUUUGAAAAACUGCAUUACGUUUUUGUAAUAUGUCUGUAUUAUAUUCCCGGUGAUAAUGUAACAAGCACAGUAAAAUGUUAGUCUUUAAUUGUGCCAGACGUGAAGUGCCACUUUGGGCUCCAGUUCAAGGCAGAUCAAAAAGAAUAGAUUGCAACGCUUGAUAGUGCAGACUUUUUGCAAGACAACGUCUUCCCGUUGGCUGGCCGCUUUAAAAAUUUUUGUAAUGAUUCAAAUGUGCCUUUAGCUACAGCACCUCUUUUAAGUUAACCAGUAAUCAAAAAGUAUUUUCCGAUGAAACCACAAGAAGGACAAUACGUGCCAUGUUCAUGACUAAAAUACAAACUGUGCGAAGGUCAUAGUUUGAAGUGUUGUGAAGUCUAGCAUUCCUAAUGAGCCUUUCAUUUAUUGGGCGUCAAUAUUAAGAGAGUUUGUGUCGAUGUCCUGCACGCCAGUGCUUUAAGCUCUGCCUUACACGUACAGAUACUACCUAACUUUUAUAAACACAUAUUCCAUUGUGUACAGUGAAUGUGCUAUGGAGCUCGUAAUGUGGUUGGAGUUAAGUAAUGUAUAGUUUGGCAACAUAACGAAAGAGAACACAUAUACAUGUACAGGCAUGCAGCACGAACAUGUACUGUCUUUGAAUAACACGACUGCAGCUAUAGAAAAGAUGAGGAAGGAACUUUUUUGGGGGGUACCAGUAAUCCGGACGUUCUAGUAAUGGAAUUCGGAAUUUUAUGCAUUUCAGUUGAGAUCCAGCAUUCUCACUUCAAGAGAGAGCAAUCGAAAUAGGCCAUAAAGAGCAGACAUCGAGAAGCGCACGAGGUACUGUUCAAUACGGCAUUGUUCCUAUGACUGUCUUGUUCAAUGUGUUUUAAUCGCGUGCAAUAGAAGGUUGUAUACUAGGACUGAUAUUCCAAGAGAGAAAUUCCAGUGCCAUUACCCGUAUGACGCUAAUCAUGGCGCUAUGUUCACGAUGUGCCUUCUGCUUGCGAAACUCACUGAACCGUUGUGGUAACUUCGCAGUAAAAAAAAAAAAAGAAACAAAGGAAGAAAAGUCCUCAAUCUUGAUGGUUUUGUUUAAUGUAACGGCAGCUCAACACGCGACGAUAUAUUGCUCUACGCAUAACUCCUGUGAUACACAAUGUCACUUCGAUGCCUUGCUGCACGCUUUGUGAAUGUUUUUUAUUAUUGGAUGCACUGUGCGAGUUGUGGUAGCUAUAUAAGGUGCACUUAUAAGGCAGGUAUAGCCGCCAUAUUGUAUAUUGUCGUCUCGCAGCACAUUGUUGCACGACUCCAACAUUCCGAAAAUCUUUACCAGGCUGUGAAUUAUAAAAAAAGAAAGCAACACCGAAAUAUGCCUUACAUGUUGAGCAUUUUUUGUAGAUGCUCCAGGAUAAAGCAAUUCAGCCUCAUGAAAGCAACGAGCUUUUCUGCUUAAACACCUAUCUGCAACGGAUGGAGUUUGCCCAUCUUUGCGGUACACAACCUGCAGUCGGGGUAUUCCAGUUAGCAUUUACGACCUCGUAUCAACUGAAAUGUGCACUGAACAAGAAAAACGCAGCGUUGCGCAUGCCAUUGUAACAGAUAUGUUCAGCAAAUGUAAACUUCAUGCAACAGAACUGGUGCCGGAGGGGGGGGGGGGAGUGCGACGAGGAGCGUAGCUUGGAAUGAUUGAGCUGAGCCUUCUCCAUUAUUGAGAAAGAUGCUAGUGAAGCACCUUCACGCGCCGCGGAUUCCAAAGGUGUAAUGGACAAACGAACAAUGAUGUGUGUGUACAGGGGUGCCCAGAAUCCGUAUGGCCAUGCCAGUUUUGUUUGGCGCACUGCCUGUUCAGUGCGAAAUGUCCGCUUCAAGUCUCACGCGAAGCCUUUCAGUGCUCGACAGGGUGCAUAAGCUCAAAGAUGAGAUCGAAGAAGUUGUUUACGAUUAUCUAGUCUAUUCACCUAUGUGCCUUGUCUUCCUGUUGCAUUGUAUUUAGUACUUUUGGGAUGGAAAUAAACGCUGACAGAGAGUCGAAA